CUUCGCUGUUGUGCAUGAUGGUCGAAGCUAGGAAGCAGUUCACGCUGUACAGUCACAAAGGUGGCCCAAACGGCUGGAAAGUGGCUUUGGUACUCUCAGAACUUGGCUUGAGCUCGCGAGUGGAAACGAUCUAUCUCGAUUUCUCGUCUGGCGAGCACAAAAGACCGCCCUACAUUACCCUCAACCCGAACGCUCGCGUACCUACCCUCUACGACGACGAAUUUGUGGUAUGGGAAAGCAAUGCCAUCAUCAAGUACCUCGUCGAUCGAUACGAUCCCGAGCACAAGAUCUCAGCAACCGGUGACGAUAUCUAUCUGCAGGACCAGUGGCUUUCUUUUCAAGCUUCAGGGCAGGGCAGCUACUUCGCACAAGGGGUCUACUUUCACUACUUUGACGAAGACCAGAACGAAGUGGCGAGGACGCGCUACGAGAAUGAGAUCUUGCGCGUCUUUGGCGUGCUAGAGAGUGUCCUCAGCCAGCACGAUUGGCUCGUAGGCGACAAGUACUCCGUGGCUGAUCUGGCAUUCCUGACGUGGAACCAGACCGGCAUCAAAUUGACAAGUCGAGUACCUGACUUCAAGGGGUUCGAGAAAGACUUUCCGUCCGUCGCAAGGUGGCAUGCAAAGAUACUGUCCCGGCCGGCUGUACAAACCGUCCUUGCAGAGAAAGAGCGUCUCACCCGUCGUGACAGCGCUUGA